AUGUCUGUUCGCACCCGAUGCUCCUUCCUAGUGGGAGUGCUGGUGUUGCGCUUCAUGGGAGCAGAGUGCAAAGUGCAAUCAGGGACUUUGACGUUUGGAGGGGCAGCAGCGGAAGAGCAAGAGCAGUGGAGAUUCCUCGGCAAGUUUGGAUAUGCGAUUGGCACAGGGCGUUAUGAAAUUCGGCUGAGGCUACACAACACCUUGCAUGAGGACCAGGUUUUGCCGAGACCCGACUUGGAGAUUUUCCUUGACGAGGAUUGGCCGAAGCAGGGGCGCUUCUCUGCUUGCAAGCGAGCGCAGGAUGUGCCGGCUCGGAAGACCCACGGAAUGCUUGUCCCAGGGCAGCUUGGCGAAUGGGGUCCGUGGGAAGUUGGAAUGCUGUAUCAGACAAUUCGGCCGCACAUUUGGUAUUUUGCCCUCUCCGACUGCCCAGAUCAGAUUGCACGAGGCAUGCCUGGAAACCGGAGCUUCGGUUAUACGGUGGACUAUGAGAUUCGUUGGAGGCAGUUUGAUGACUCAGAGCUGAGUUUGGAAAUGAGGUACAUGCCGGUAGCCACCGUGUUAGUUUUGCUGAUGCUCACAGCGAUGGCGUGCUGGUUCCUUUCGAAAAGCCGGGUUCUUCGUCAAAGCUUAGGCCGGCUUCAUCCUGUAGUUCGUGGUCUGCUCUUUGCAGUGGGCCUCCACUGGGUGUCACAGGCACUUCACCUAGCACACCUUCUGACUUAUAAGAAGAAUGGUCAAGGUCUGCCAGCUGCAGACGGACUCGCAGAGGUGCUUUUCAUGUUGAGCCAAGUUGCCAGCGCCUCUUUAUUGAUUGCAAUAGCUCAGGGCUACACCCUGAUCCGCUCCAAGUUAAAGGAGGUCGAACUCCUCGUGCCCGUGGUGACCGUGAUCACGCUCUUGCACGUAGCUCUGGUGGCCAUCGGGAAGAUGCAAGCCGAGGAUUUUAAGUACCACGAGAAUGAGGGCCUUGUUGGCUGGAUCCUGCUUUCAGUUCGCCUCAGCCUCUUUGCCUGGUUUCGUAGUGGCAUUCAGAGGCUGCGGACGGCAGGAGGUAUGAAGCUGCAAAACUUCUUGCGGACGUUUGAGAUUGCUGGGUCGGCAUACUUCCUGGCAUUCCCAACUAUCUUCAUACUGGUUCAGGUUCUGGCGCCCUACCUUCAACACCCAAUCUUGCAGACAGCCUUGCUGGCUGUGCAGACGGCCUCAUGGCUGUGGCUGGCAGAUCUCUUCCUGAAGCGUGGCAGCUAUUUCGAGGUCUCGGAGCUGAGUGCCUCGAUGCUGCCUGGGGCCCGCGGCAGGGCCGAGCUCAGUAGCUGGCAGUCCUCAGAGUUUGAGAGCUGCAGCCGGUCUGGGACACGUCGGCGCACCGCCGUUUGGUCAAGAUUACCAGAGGGAGAUGAAGGAAAGAUGUCCAGCUCGAUGGGAGAGUAUAGCAGAGAUUCGCGUAUCCGAACUGCUCACUUGGGUGCGUAG